GCUCGUGCGCGGUGUUGUGUGCGGUUUGUGUAUUUACUAAGAUUAUUGAAAUCAAUGAAAACCCUAGAACUACCUAUAUUAAACUCAGUAUUUGUUAAUUAAUUAACUGUUUAUAGACUGUGCUACAGGUUUUGAGUUAACGAAGUGCUCCGUUUUUGAUCUGCAGUGUAAACGACCGUGAUUUUGAAUUUAUCCGAUGAUUUGUGUACACAUGUGAUUAAAAUACAAAACAAAUCUGCAAUUUCUGAGGAUACGAUAAAGAUGUUUCUGCCGUGACGUGAAGACUUAUCUCUGGACACACGGAGCCAAAUAACAGCCAGCAUGGAGGAGCGGGACGACGAGGCGGCCGGCGUGCCCGACAUGACCAUGAUGCCGCACAUCACGGAGCAGGCCAUCAACGACAACCUGCGCCGCCGGUACAAGUACGACCUGGUGUAUACCUACACGGGGUCGAUACUGGUGGCCGUCAACCCUUAUAAGGAGCUGGGGUGCUAUGGCAUGGAUACGAUGCUGGAGUACCGCGGGAAGGCGUUUGGUACCCUGCCACCGCAUGUAUUUGCCUUGGCCGAGUCUGCCUACUCCUCGUUAACGAACGGCGAAAAGAACCAAUCAGUGGUAAUAUCGGGGGAAAGUGGAGCUGGUAAGACAGAAACCACGAAACUGAUCCUUCAGUACCUGUGUGCGGCCGGCGGGCAGGCGUCCUGGGCGGAGCAGCAAAUUCUAGAAGCUAAUACCGUGCUCGAAGCGUUCGGCAACGCAAAGACGGUCCGCAACGACAACUCGUCCCGUUUCGGCAAGUUCGUCGAGGUGCGUCUGGACGGGCGCGGCGGCAUCCGCGGCGCCGUGCUGCGGCACUUCCUGCUGGAGCGGGCGCGCAUCACGGAGCCCGCGCCCCGCGAGACCAACUACCACGUGUUCUACCAGCUGCUCGAGGGCACCAAGCACAACAAAGAGCUCCGCUCAACACUACGCCUACGAGACGACGUCCAAUACAAGUACCUUCGGCCAGAGGACGAGGAGGCGCGCAAGGGGCGCGGGGGGGAGCAGGGCAAGCUAGAGGCGCUGCAGCUCGCGCUGACUGUACUGCAGGUGCCGCCGCAGAUGUGCGAGGGGCUGUUUAAAGUGUUGGCCGCUGUGCUGUGGCUCGGGAAUAUACAGUUUCAGGAUGUAGACGGCGAGCGCACCGCCCUGGCUCCUUCCGACACGGAGGCGGUGGAGGCGGCGGCCGCGCUGCUGGGCCUGGCGCCCGCCACCGCGCGCCGCGUGCUGCUGGAGCGGCAGAUCAACGUGCGCGGCAACGUCACCGACAUACCGCUCCGCCUGCACGAGGCCCGCGAGAACCGUCACGCCAUGGCUCGCGCCCUCUACUCCAGAACCUUCUCCUGGCUGGUCCGCCACGUGAACAGCUGUUCGGCUCCCGGUCGUGACGCUACACGGGCGCUAGGAGUUCUAGAUAUAUUCGGCUUCGAGAACUUUGCGUCGAACUCUCUGGAACAACUGUGCAUUAAUUACGCGAAUGAGAAGCUGCACAUGUUCUUUAAUAACUAUGUGUUUGCGUUGGAGCAAGAGAUUUAUCAACAAGAAGGGAUAGUAUACAAUCCUAUACCGUUCACGGACAAUGCAGUCUGUCUGGAACUACUGGAGAAGCCGCCGAGAAGUCUGCUUAAGUUGCUCAGUGAACAGUGUCAUAUGCCUAAGGGCUCAGACGGCGCGUACCUGACCAACAUCCAGGGCGAGUUCGGGGAGCACACCUCGUUCGUGAAGGGGUCCCGCCGCCGCUGGGAGGAGCAGUUCGGGGUGCGCCACUACGCCGGUGACGUCACCUAUAGUGUGCAAGGUUUCGUGGACAAGAACCGGGACACGCAGCAGGACGCGUUCAUCGACCACCUGAGCCGCUCGCAGAACCCCUUCGUGCGGGAGCUGGCCGACUACGUCACUGAACUGUCGCCGCCCGGACAGGACUGCACACUAUCAAGUCCCAACUCCAUGGGCACGACUCAGCGCGGCACGUCCAAGGGGCGUCCCACGGUGGUGGACACGUUCAGGGCUCAGCUACAGUCGCUAGUUGAUAUGCUGCAGGCCACGCAUGUGUGGUACGUGCGCUGCAUAAAGCCGAACGAGAACAAGGAAGCCGGCAAGUUCAACGCGGACCUGGUCCUAGAACAACUGCGCUACCUCGGCAUGAACGAGAUCGUGAGGAUCCGGCGCGACGGGUUCCCCGUGCACCUGCCCCGGGAGCACUUCCUGCAGCGAUACCGGUGCGCGCUGCCCGCCGCCUGCAAGGAGCCCGACAUCAGUGCAAUAAUGGCAGUAGUGGGUGCGCCGGCCACGGACUGGCAAGUCGGACACACGAAGGUGUUCAUGAGGAGUUCAGUUCACGCACCGCUUGAAGCCCGGAGAAACCACCUGUUGCAGACCUCUGCGCUCCGGAUACAGAAGUGGUACAAAGGCACCAAACAGCGCGCCCAGUACCUCCAACACCGCAACGCCGCCAUCCUCCUCCAAGCGGCGUGUCGCGGCUGGAAGCAGCGAGUGCAGUUCCUGCGCCUGCGCCGCGCCGCUCUGACGCUGCAGCGGCACCUGCGGGGGGCCUUCGCGCGCGAGGUGGCCGCCGCGUUGCGCGAGAUGCGACGAGUUAAUGAUGAGAUGAAGCUGAGAGAAGAGAGAAACAGCCUAGCCGAGAAAGCGUCGCAAGAGCGCGCGGAACUCGAAACAAUGGCCGACCAGCUCCGCGGCCUGCCCCCGCCGACGACCGCGCGCCAAGACUCAGUCAACUUGGACAACCUGUUCGACUUCCUGUCCGAUGUGCCGACGCAACGCGGCGCGCCCGACGGCGAGUCCGAUGCCCCGCAGCCCACGAUUGCGGAGAUAGGUGAUGAUAUGGAGCGGCUGGUCGAUGACUUGGAUAAUGAGCUGGAAAACGUUCUCGGCGAGAUGAACGAAAUGAGCAAAUCCCACACCGAAGAGCAACGCAAGCCCGACGGCGCUCCCUCAGACAACCCACCACCCUCCCCGCCUACCACGCUUCCUCUACAAUCCGUCAUCAUACCCUCCCCACCACUCCCGUCGUCUAUGAACGGGUCGUUCACCAAUGGCAUGACGGGGUCGAUAACGCUGCCGUCGCCGCUGACCAAUGGCAGCUCUUCGAUGUCGUCGUCGCUGAUCCUGCCGCCGCCGCCGCCGCCGGCCGAGCCGUGCGAGAGGUCGCCGACCUUCCCGCCGCCGCCGCCGCUGCCGCCGUCCUCUGGGUUGCCAGAGCCGGUUGGGCCGCCACCCCCACCGCCCGGGAUUGUUAAAGAAACGACACCGCCAGAGCUGACAAACGGCAUAAUACCGAACGGUAAACUAGUCGUUCUAAACGGCAAAGAGCCGAUAUACGAGUCGGUGAUCCCGCGACCGGAAGCCAAGGAGAAAGAUGCGACCCCACCGCUGUCGCCGCCGCCGCCGCCCGUCUUUCCUGCUGAGAAUAAUGGAUUCCUUCAGAAAGUAAAAGAACAACUAGACGACUUGAACGAUGAGCCUCUGCCACCCAUUCCAACUGCAGCUUUGGCCUCACAAAAACGGGAGUCAUUAACCCCGGCUCAGAAGCCGCCGCCGCUGCAGAUGGCGCCGCCCGCGCCCGCGCAGCCCAUGGACACCUGCAUGAGCCCGCCGCCCGGGGCUGAGGCACCGAGCUCAGAGCGCACAGUGCGUCGCAAAGAGCGCGUGGAGCGGCGCCUGCAGCAGAUGGAGGCGGCGUCCCCCCCCGCGUCCGCCGCGCCCCCCACCCCCGCUGACGCCCCCAACGACUUGGCUGAAUUUGCGAAGCUGUACUUUAACGAUCAUCCCAGGUCGCCUGAAGGCACAAUAAUAGCGACACUAACACGCAAAAGCAAGUCCAUGGAGCUAUUAACCAAGGAAGAAAUGGUUGUCUACCACAAGGGGAACAACAUCCCCACGUCGCACAUACAGCUGCAUGAUCCGGACAGCGUCAGCGCAGCUGUCAGCAUCUUCCGGGAUCUAUGUCGCUACAUGCGCGGCGAGUUGACACAAGACAAGGAGACGCACGUGAUCCAGUCGCUGAUCGGCAAGGGGCUGGAGCGCGAGGAGCUGCGAGACGAGAUCCUAGUGCAGUGUGUCAGACAGAUAACCGAAUGCCCAGUAGAAGAGUGGGCGGAGCGCGUGUGGCUGAUCCUCUGUCUGUGCGCGGUCGCCUGGCAGCCCUCACGGGGGCUGGCCCGGUACUACUGCGCGUGGCUCCGGUCCAGGACUAAAGGUGGGGUGGCGGCGCGCGCCACGCAUUGUGCGCAGUGGUGCCUGGAUAACUGCCGGGGGGCUGCGCCGAGGCAGCUGCCGCCUAGCACUGUGGAGAUUGCUGCGAUGCGUCGUCUCGGCACCAUAGUCUGCCGCUUCUUCUUCCUGGACGGGCGCACGAAGGCCAUCGACGUGCACCCCGCGGACACGGCCGCCGCCGCCGCCGCGCGAUUGGCCGACAAACUGGGCCUGUCUGCGCAGGCGCGGGCUGGCUGGGCCGUUUAUCAACAACGGGGAGGGAAGGAGGAACAUGUUCGCGCCACGCAUUACUUGUAUGACGUCAUUGCAGCUUGGGAGAUGCAACAAGGCCCGGGCGGCGGCUCGGCGGACAACCGGUUCGUGUUCAAGCGGCGGCUGUUCCGCGGCGGCCGCGACCUGCCUCACGACCCCGUGGAAGUGUCGCUUCUUUAUGCGCAGGCCGUGCAUAGUGUUGUUAAGCUGGACGAGUUCCCCGUAUCCGAGAAGGUGGCCCUCCAACUCGGCGGCCUCCAAGCUCAAGUCUCCCUCGGCGAGCCCUCCCCGCACCCCCCGCCGCCGCACACCCGCGCCUACUACGCGCAGCCCGAGCAGUUCCUGCCCCCGCGCGUCGCCCGCACCCGGCCCAACCACCAGUGGGCGACGAUCCUGGCUCAAGCGCACCGGCAAUACGGCGCGGGGCGCGCGGAGCUCACGGCCAAGGCGCUGUACCUGUCGUGCGUGAUGCAGUACCCGCUGUACGGAGUCACACUGUUCCCUGUCACCUACAAGGGGUACUGGGCCCACGGUCCCAACGUGCUACUCGGCGUAGGCUCCGAAGGCGUAGUUUUAGUGCGUCCAACGGACAAGGUGGUGUUGGCGGAGUACCCGUACAGCAACAUCGCGGCAUUACUGAUGGAUCCUGUGGACAAUGGACUGACGAUCAGUCUUACGCACCAUGGGCAGCAUGACGGGCUUAGAUGCAUAGUCCUCGAAUCACCUCAAAAGAACGAGGCGGCCUGGCUGAUGGCAGCUUACAGCCCCAUCCUCGCCAACGGACUAGCGGACGAGCCCCCGCGCCGCGCCGCGCCCGCCUCCGAGCGGUCCAGACUAGCUGGAGCAUUGAAGAGUGCUAGAAGGGCCCUCGUGGAUAGUGGCAUGCUGAGGCGGCCCAGUGAGAUGCACACUGGGAACUUCUUGAGGAAUACUCUUAGAAGACUAAGCAAAACCCGCAUAGAGAAGGUCCACAUAGACAGCUGCAACUCGCGCGCCGGCGAGGUGUACAAGGGCUUCCCGCCGCACUACUGGGGCUGGGCCCGGACUCUGCCACACAGCCUGACCAGGCUCAAUGACGCCGAGGAGGUCGCCGCCAUGCAGAUAUUUAAGGACAUAAUGAGCCACGCCGGCCUAUCCACCUCCGAAGGCAGAACCACCAACCUGGCGAACAACAACAGCGUGAGCAGCGGCGGCAGCGGCGGCGCGGAGGACGGCGACGACCGCACGGCGCUGGCGCAGGCGCUGCUGCAGCGCUGUCUGCAGAAGGACUCGCUGCUAGCCGAGCUCUACGUGCAGCUCAUUAAACAGACAACAGACCACCCGGACCCGUCAUCCCGGGUCUCGGCCCGCCACUGGGCGCUGCUCUGUGCGGCCGUGGGCGCCGCGCUGCCGCCCGUCAAGCCAAUCCGACGACUGCUACUAGCUCACUUGAGAUACCGGGGCACCGCGCUGCAUACGGGCGAGGAGGGGAAGUUCGCGAGGAGGGCUGAACAGGUGGCGCUAAGCAUAGCGCAGGUCCCGCGGCGCCUCUCAGCCCCCUCUAAAGAGGAGCUACUCUGCGCGUCCGCCCGCCGCCCCAUGCACAUGCGGGUAUUAUUACUCGAUGGUAAACAACACGGCCUGGUGUUCGGCCCGGCGGCUACUGCUGACCAUCUGGUGACGAUGUUGAGAGAGAAGAUCGGGCUUAGCGAGAGCGCUACAGGCUACGCCCUAUACGAAGUAUGCGCGAACUCUUCGCCUGCCGGUAGCGGCGAGCGCGCGCUGGCGGGACACGAGCGCAUCGGGGACGUGCUCGCGCGCUGGGAGAAGGCCGGCGCCACCGCCGCCGCCUGCAGACUCGUGUUCAAGAAGCGCCUGUUCCUCGGCGACCGACCUCUCCAGACGCGCUGCGCCGCGGAGAUGGAGCUGCUGUACUACCAGGUGCUGCACGCCGUGCGCCACGACCGCCUGCCCAUCGACACCGACGAGGCGGUGAUGCUAGCCGCCCUCCACGCUCAAGUCGUCGGCGGGGACUGCGCGGGCGGCGGCGAGGAGUGCGCGGGCGCGGCGGCGGCGGUGCUCCCCGCGCGUCUCGCCCUCCCCGCGCCCGCCGUGCGCCUGCACCACCUCGCUCUACGAGGCACCCCGCCCCCCGCCGCUAUGCAGCGGGCGCUGACGUUAGCUAGUUCUUGGCCGCUGACUAGGGCUACGAUCUUUGAUGUUAUGCAAUCGUUCACCUCCAACUGGCCGCGCUUCCUCUGGCUAGCAGUCGACGCACACGGUCUCACCCUACACGGCCGCGGGUCGCGCGCCGCGCUGGUGUCGCACGAGCUGUCGGCGUUGCAGGCCGUGUCGCCCGCGCCCCGCGCGUUGCUGCUGGUGACUAGCGCCGGGGCUAAGCACGCCAAGCUCGUGCUUAGCACUGAUCAGGCGUACCAGAUAGCCACUCUCAUCAAGGACUACAUCGAGGCGGUGCGGGGGCCGGUGUCCCCCGCCGUCUGUGCUCCGGGGGGCGCAGGGGGCGCGGGGGGCGAGGCGCGCGCCCCCGCCCCCGCCUGACACCCCGCCGCCUAGUGCCAGUGCUUCCACGUCCGACAGUGAAGGGAUAGCGCGGGUGCGGCCUACAGCACUGCAGUUAGCACUACAUCUAGAUACACUGUGAGGCACUAACAGAUACAGGAAUACCCUUUUGGCAGCACUAUCGAGUGAGCAAAAAUAUGGCGAAUAAAGCCGACCAAUGACGAGGCUAGACCGUCACUAGUGGCGCCAUCUACAAUGAUUACAUAAUAUAUAUACUUAUUGUGAGAAAGGGUUGCGUUUGCUCUCGUGGUGCCUUUACAGUGUAUUCUGAUUGAAUGAUAACUGCGGUGUAAUUGAUGCAUAGACUGACUGACUCUGGCCUAUGCGAACUAAGCCAUAGUUGAUGAAAUAUAAGUAAUGGAAAGUACAUUGUUAUAUGGUUUAUUAUUUACGUUUUAAUUAAACUUGUAUCGUGCUAGAAGCAUGUUGGCCAGGGUCGGUCGGUCGGAGAUAUCUGGGGAGUAAAUGUCGAUCUGAUAAUUGCUCUUUCGUCCAUUUUGCUAAUAUGAAUGAAGUUAGCAAAAUAGACGCCCAUAUAGUUAAGGAUAAAUUCAAAUAUAUGUAAUAAAAUAUAUACUAGUAUAGUAAGCAUAUCAGGUCAGAAAUUAAGUUCUAUCAGUCAACAUUUACUUCGAAAUUAAGGCAAUAGGAUGGAGUGAUGGUUGGUUCUGCAGGAUGGACGAUACAUUGUGGCUUGGACACACGGAAGCAAUACUACUGACACAGAAUAUAUACACACAAACAAAUAUAAUCAGUACAUAAGCAAUAGUCAUAUAUUCCACUCUUUUCUUCCUUAAAAUGAAGCUCAGUAUUAUAACUGUUAAGUCAUGUGUUACUGUUAUAAUAAAUGUUACUGGUUAGAUCUAGUGUGUUAAAAUAUUUCAGGUUGAAUAGACGUGUUAUCUUAACUGUAAAAUCAUUAAUUAUCCCCUCUCCUUCAAGGCAAAAUAUUUGACUGUUUAAUUGUAUUAGUAUCCAAGGUAAAAGUAGUAGUCCUCAAAUGCAACUAGAUCAGAACAUCUAUGCUAAAUAUUACUCUCAUUAGAAAGUUAAUCAUUAUAUGAAAUGUAUAUUCCAUGACAACUUCCAUUUGUAUUUUAACAUUUAUUAAGCACUGUGUGAUUAUUCAGGAACCUUAUUUUGGUGCCUUUUACUUGCAUAAAUAAUGCUGUUUACUAAGUUAAUAACUGAAAAAUAAUAAUUAUCCUGUAAAAAAAAAACUAUCAGCAUUAUUUAGGCUUUCAGUGAGUGAUUCGUGCAAAAAAUGACUGCAAAAAAUAUACCGAUUGUUUAAAAUAUAUUUAUAUUCUCUAAGCAAGCGUUUCACAUUAUAUUGCACAAUGUUAAGCCUCAAUAUUUUAUGGUGAAAUAUAUUUAAGAUAGGUAACGUAAAAUAGUUAAAAUAUAUAUUAGCCAAUGGGUGACGAAUAGGUACUUUUUUGUAGGUUCAAAAAAAUAAGAACCGAAUUACAUUUAAAUUUUUGACUCGAGUUGCAUUUUCAAUAGCUACCCAUGGCAUGGUCAUUGGUCACACCCUAAUUAUAUGAUAUCUGUCUGUACAUUUCGUUUGUAUUAAGUGAAGUUUUUUUACAUUAAGUAAAUAUUAUUUUAUUUUGGUGCUUAGUUUUAUACAUGGUUUGCUUGGCUUGUGUUUCUGAUCUCAUAAAGUAUUAUUUAUUUUGAUGCCAUAUUUUUUGUAAAGAAAUAGUUGAUUAAGAUUUAUUUAUUUUAUGCAUUGACAAUAUUUUGUAAAUAUUUAGAGAAACAAGUAAACCAAAGACUUAAAUCGUCCCUUUGGAUAGUUUUAUUAAUUUAGACAAUAUUAUGAUUGCUCCUUUAUGAUUUAGAUGUAUUUUGGAAAUGUGUAAAUAUAAAAUACUUAUACUCAUUGACAUGAAAUCCUCGUAUAGUAGGAGAUGAAACUAUAUUACAAAUACUAUGAUAUGAAGGUGUAAAGCUACUGCAAUGUUUGGCAUUCAUACGUUCACUGCCUUUCUGUUUGUGCGCUGAUAUAUUUCACAGCAACAUGAUAAUUAUAAUUUCAUAAUAUUGAGUGUAGUUAUUUUGAACACCAUAUUUACCUAAGGCUACUACACAUAGUAU